CUCAAACGAACAAUGCAUUUCUUCAAGACUAGGUACAUUAUAAUUAACAUAAGUAUCAUAUUCCAUUGAAAUAAUUUUCUAUACAUAACUGAGACUGUCUAUCUUAUAAGUAGGUACAUACCUACUAGAUUGAAAAUAAUAUUUUAUCUGAUGACUAUGACUUGUUUAUUAUAAAAAUGUGCGUGUUAUCUUAGAUUUCUAUUGAAUUCAUCAGUUGUUCACAUCAUAAUGGAAAAAGAGACCAGGCAAACCAAUCAGUCAGAGGCUCAACCUAACGGUAGCAUCCUCUACCAGAAUGAAGCCGAAGAAACGACAUCUCCCAUGGAACAACUCAAGCCCAUGGACUAUCCCAGAACCCAGAGUUUCUCCAUAAGAAACACUGCAGUGUCCAAGAGCCAAAUGAAAGAAUUUCGCGAAGCCUUCAGACUAUUCGACAAAGACGGAGAUGGUAGCAUCACCAAAGAGGAGCUAGGUAGAGUUAUGAGGUCUCUAGGGCAGUUCGCCAGAACCGAGGAACUUCAACAGAUGCUACAAGAAGUAGACGUAGAUGGUGAUGGAAACGUUAGCUUUGAGGAGUUCGUGGACAUUGCCUGGUCUGCUGGAGCUGGCACCGAUCCAGAUCAGGUGUUGUCACGUGACGAAGAAGAGAAAGAGCUGAGGGAUGCUUUCAGGGUGUUCGACAAGCAUAAUAGGGGAUACAUAACGGCUUCCGAUCUGAGAGCGGUACUGCAGUGUCUAGGGGAAGAUUUAUCAGAGGAAGAAAUUGAAGAUAUGAUAAAAGAAGUUGAUGUUGAUGGAGAUGGGAGAAUUGAUUUUUAUGAAUUCGUAAAUGCUCUGGGAGAACCUGGUACAGAAGACAGCCUUGACGAGGACGACGAUGAAAUUAUUUGAUACUGAAUAAGGACCAAAAUUAUGAUGUUUUUCUUUUUCUCAAAAUUACUUCUGCAUGGACACCUAAUCAAGAAUUAUAUAAUUUCUGCAUGUCAAUCGUUGUCACCUAAAGUUGAAUUGAUUAAUUUUAUAUCAAUGAUUAAUGUAGGUAUGUAAAAUGUAUGUUAAAUCAAAUUUGAAAAUCAAAAGCCAAAAUAUCGAUAAUAUCCAUGGACAUAAGUACUCACUAUGAAAAAUGCCGCAUAGAUAUAUAUUAAAUAAUUAUAUUAUUGCAAUUUGAGUAGGUAGAUUUUUCUGAUUACAUUAACUAUAUUUAUUUUUUCUAUAUAAAUUUUUCAUGCUUGGCAUUAUAAUAACUCUUUGUGCAAUAUAUAAAUAAAAUGAUAUAUAC